UUCGUUUGAAAUCGGACAGUUCUCGUGGAGCAGUCGACGCGCACGCACGUGCGGCCGUCGCUCCGUAACGAAUCACGUUUAUAAAUACAAUUGGUCGUUGCUUUCUUCUGCGCAGUUGGUGUUUUGCGAAUUUGUACAUUGCUGCGUUGUGAUUGUGUUUUAUUUUUGUUGCGAUGUCUGAGCAAGUGACCUCGGUGCCGGUGGACGAACUGGAGUCGUGGGUUGAACUCAACUCGGGUCUGGUGGCCCACGAAAAUGAGUAUAUAAGACUGCUUCGCGAGGCGCAGAGGGAGAGUCGAGACUCGUCUGUGCGACACUCCCGGGCCUCGAGCGUGAAGGGCAGCCCGAAAUCACCUCCGAAUAGCCCCAAUCUGGAGCCCUCGACUGAAGACGAGUUGAAAGGCGUGUACAUCAACUGUUGGAAGGAUGACUCCAACGACUGGGUGUGGCAAUGGAGCAGCCGGCCUGACCAGCAACCACCCAAAGACUGGCGCUUCAAACACCCCCCCAGCGCUCGAGGUCCACCCUCAGCCACCUCCUCCAUUGAGGUCCUGGAGCAGCAGUUGGCUGUACCGGCCAUGCAACAGAGCCACUGUCUGUCCGUGCGACGUUCGUGCCUGUUCAGUCGGGGCGCAGUCGCAGCUGUACUUGUCACGAAUUUGGUCUCCCUGCUGCUUGGCGCCGGUAUCGGUGUGUGGCUAAGCCGAAGGGGCAUGCUUCCGCCCAGACUGAUAAUACUGAACUGAGUGGUUAUCAAGACUGAGAUGGUUAUUCGUAGCUGGUACAGCGGGGUCAUCUUAUAGAAGAAUCAAGUGAUAGCGUAUUACUACACAGUAUAUAAGAAGAUAUUUAGCAUUAUAUAUUGAAGAUCUCGGUGGUCUAGCGGUUGAACUCAACAGUUCAUACCAGAUGGUUGCGGGUUCGAUACCUAGUACGAUACAAACUUUUGUAUUCAUGAGUAUGAUUGUUCGUAUCGGUCUGGGUGUUUUCUAUAUAUAAUAAG